GAGCGGAGGCGCCGGGCGGCGGAAGCGCCGGAGCUGAGGACUCGCUGCCGCUUGCCAUGAAGAGGAAACAGAAGCGGGUGCUGCAGAUGACGGCGGUGUUCACGGUGGCUUUAAUUUUCCUGCCUCACGUUGGGCUCUGGGCUUUGUACAAGGAGAAGCACCUGGUGAAAGCCGCGGAGCCGGGAGAGCAGCAGACAUUUCCACUGAGUCUGGGAGAUGGACAGCUCUUCACUUGGACAGAUGGCUUGAAAAGAAAGGACUGGCAUGACUACGAAAGUAUCCAGAAAGACGCUCUGCGUUCAGGGAAAGGUGAGCAUGGAAAGCCAUACCCUCUCACAGAGGAAGACCAUGAUGAUUCUGCUUAUAGGGAGAAUGGUUUCAACAUAUUUGUUAGCAACAACAUAGCCCUGGAACGAUCCCUGCCUGAUAUUCGUCAUCCUAACUGUAAGCACAAGGUGUACUUGGAAAAGCUGCCAAAUACUAGCAUAAUUAUCCCAUUUCAUAAUGAAGGUUGGACUUCACUUUUGCGAACUAUACACAGCAUUAUCAACCGGACUCCAGACAGCUUGAUAGCUGAAAUAAUUCUUGUGGAUGACUUCAGUGAUAGAGAACACUUGAAAGAGAAGUUGGAGGAAUACAUGGCUCGUUUUGCCAAAGUGAGGAUUGUGCGCACCAAGAAACGAGAAGGGCUCAUUCGUACCAGGCUGCUAGGAGCCUCAAUGGCUAAAGGAGAAAUCUUGACAUUCCUGGAUUCCCAUUGUGAAGUCAACGUGAAUUGGCUGCCUCCCUUGCUUAACCAGAUUGCACUAAACCACAAAACUAUUGUGUGUCCCAUGAUCGAUGUCAUUGACCACAAUCACUUUGGCUACGAGGCGCAGGCGGGGGAUGCCAUGCGAGGAGCCUUCGACUGGGAAAUGUACUACAAAAGAAUACCGAUUCCUCCAGAGCUCCAGAGAGAUGAUCCUAGUGACCCUUUUGAGUCUCCUGUUAUGGCUGGAGGUCUGUUUGCUGUUGACCGAAAGUGGUUUUGGGAGCUGGGCGGCUAUGACCCAGGUUUAGAAAUAUGGGGAGGAGAGCAGUAUGAAAUCUCUUUUAAGGUUUGGAUGUGUGGAGGUGGCAUGUUUGACGUUCCAUGUUCUAGAGUUGGGCACAUCUACAGGAAAUACGUCCCUUAUAAAGUUCCAUCUGGAACCAGUCUGGCACGAAACCUGAAGCGUGUGGCAGAGACUUGGAUGGAUGAGUUUGCAGAAUACAUUUACCAGAGGCGGCCCGAGUACAGACACCUCUCCACUGGUGAUAUCUCUGCCCAGAAGGAGCUUCGCAAGCACCUCAAAUGCAAGGAUUUCAAGUGGUUCAUGACUGCUGUGGCUUGGGAUGUCCCCAAAUAUUAUCCACCUGUGGAACCUCCACCUGCUGCCUGGGGGGAGAUUCGAAACGUGGCAGCCAAUCUCUGUGUUGACAGUAAACAUGGGGCCACAGGGACUGAACUGAGAUUAGAUGUCUGUGUGAAGGAUGGCUCAGAACGGACCUGGUCACAUGAACAGCUCUUUACCUUUGGUUGGAGAGAAGACAUCCGCCCUGGGGAACCUCUUCACACUAGGAAGUUCUGCUUCGAUACCAUUUCACACAGUAGCCCCGUCACACUGUAUGACUGUCAUGGGAUGAAGGGCAACCAGCACUGGAGCUAUCGGAAGGACAAAACUUUGUUCCAUCCAGUAAGCAACGGCUGUAUAGAUUGCAACCCAGCUGAGAAGAAGAUUUUCAUGAACAGAUGUGAUCCUUUAUCUGAAACUCAGCAGUGGAUUUUUGAACAUAUUAAUAUGACUGUUUUAGAAAAAUUUAACAGCAAGGGCAGUUCCUAGGGAAAAAAAAAAACAGACGAUUACAUUCAGAUUGCAAACUACAUUUUGGCCAGCAUCUGGGUCGAAGGAGUCAGGAAUUAAAUUUCCUAGAUCCAGGAAGUCUGUUCUGAGGAUUAAGAAAAUGCCACGGCAAAGGCCAAUGGGCUGUCAUUAUGGAUGUACAGUAUCUGAAGAACUUGGCUGAGAGCCUCACCAGAUGCUGCUGAGAACUUCAGGCUGACAAUUCCCUUGCUGGUCAAGGGAAAACUUUAUUUAAAUAAAUGUUUCAAAACCUUCUAAGUAAAUAAAGUGAAACAAAAAUCUAGAGUUUCUCAGGUCAAACCCUGCUGUAAUGAGUAGCUAUGAAUGGAUGCUAUUAUUUGGGGUGGGUAUAUAGUGUGCAUGACUGCUACGGGAACCUGCAGAAAUCACAGGUUUAGAACUAACCAAGCUGGUGGAAUGUUAACAGUGUCCCAGCACUCCUGUCACUCUCUGAAUAAAGGUUGGGUUACGCAGGUUUAACCCUUAGAAUUGCUGCAGCUCAUUUUAAACUACACCCCAUUACAUUCCUUUCAUUACCGAAAUGAAAAUGGUAGAAAUCUUAGGGGUUAGAAUUACGUUAUAAUGAAGCAUGAAAUAGACUGUAAGAUGUCUACAUCCCAUUUCACUCCUGCAUUUGGAAAAAAAAAACCUGAUCAAGCAACUAAAUCAAAUUUCCAUACAUAAUGGGAUCUACCUAACAUUCAUCUGCUGUGACUCAAACAUGAGUAAGUUAAGAAUCAAAAGGUCAAAUCUACCAAAUCCUUACUAAUCAUGCAGCAGUGAAUAUAUCACCAAUAAUAGCAGCACAAUGCAAGGUUUGUAGAAAGCAUACUUUUCCGGUAUCUUUAAUAAAGGUCCAUUUAAAUAAAAUUAAGAUAUUCACAGAAGUAUUGAGAAUAGCAAACUAAUUGUUUACUAUAUGUCAGGAUAGGCAUAUAGCAUUGGUACACUGCCAUCAGCUACAAAAAUUGUUGGCUCCCUGCAGCACAUUUUAUAGGAUCUGCAGGGAUAAUCAGAGAUUUCUAGGAGAUGGAGGUAAGGGGAAGAGUUUCUGCAAAACUAGUUAGAUGUUUUGCAAAUAACUUGAUGACAUCCAUAGUGGAAAUUGCACAAAUGUGCCACUGUUUUGAGCUAACAGCUUUGUAUAUUGCUGGGUUGUGGGGCAAACAAAGUGAAAAAAGCAAAAGCUCAAAAAAAAGUAUUCUAUCUAAGGUAGCUUUAAUUUCCUUAUGUUGGUAUCCAUUAUGGAAAAUAGUGUCCUUCAAAUCUUUUAUAUCUUUAAUACGGUGGGGAGGAGGAGAAUUGGGUGGGUUAAUACAGCUUGGAGAGACCUGUUUUUCUUCCUCAGUAGAAAGUGAUGUGUACUAAUGUGUAACACACAGUGAAAGGAUUUAGGGACUGCUAAAACUAAUAGCACAUUUAAGUGGCCUGGUCUUACUUGAAUCCUGAACUGACAGAUGAAUGCACUGUGAAUGCAGACAUUACAUCUUACAAGAGAUGGCCAUAAUAACACUUUUCACUUUCAAAAAUAUCAUGUAUAAACUUGAUCUGUAAAUUCUGAUUGUUAGUAAUGUGGUUGGCUAACCAAACUGUUCAUGUUUAAACUACCCUUCCUGAGAGUCUAGAUUGAUUUUCAGCUGUGUGCAUGAAGAGCAGUGGUUGCAGCUGGAGGAUGAGUAUGAUAUCCAUGCUUGUGUGAAGUUUUAUGGCAACAACUUCCAAAUUGUAGGUUGUAGGGACUUUUUAGGAGGAGCAUGAGAGAUCUUAGAGCAUUUAGGAUGCAUGUUCUGGAAAAUUAGUUGUGUGCAAUUCAUCUGUAUGUUGAACCCUUGCUUCAACUGAGUAAAGAUACGUAUCAAAUGUUCAAGGAGCAAUCUGCCUGUAGGCUAGACUCUUCACAUUACGGCAUUGUUUAGAUUUAAAACUUGAAGACACUGCACUGCACUGCACAAUGGAAGAAAAUUGAUUUAACCUCAGGCUGUCUCAUACCUCAGUCCAGCAGAAGUUGAUGAAGUUGUCGCCAGAAAGAGUUUGAGAUUUUUAUUAGCUACUAGUACAUAGACUGGGCAUUACAGACUGUGCAUCCUCUCAGCUGCAAGACUCCUGGCACAAUUUAUUUGCAGCUCAAGCAUUACAAAAAAAAAGGUUUGAAAACUGAAGAAAAAUAGAUGCCUAGAAUGUAGAAGUGAAAAUGAAAUCUCCAAGAUGCCUAUUUGGACUUGCCCAAGACCGUCAAAGUACUGGAAGCAGUACUCUAUAUCUUAGAUAUAAGAGCUAUGGGAGACGUACCCAGCCAGGCUAAGCAAUUUACAUAAUACAAAACGUUGGUGGGGUCAUAUCAUUCAGUGUCUGAAUGCAGCCCGAUCAGUGAAUUUUGAAAAUAUUUAUCAGAAACUAAACUGCAGUUGUGGCAAAGACAUUCUGCAUCUCUUACAGCCCUAGGUGCAUACCACUAUCCAAAAAUUUACACUGCCACAGGGUACCUUCCUGUUACUUGCAGUUAGUCAAGGCACAUGAGAUCUACAGCCUUUCUAAGCUCCAUCACUUGCCAUGGAACAAUAUUUCACAUUAGUAAGAUUCAGAUCUUUGAACAGAACGUCAGUGUGCUACAAUAAAUGCUUUUUUUUUCAUUUUCUAGAAAAAAAAUUGUGUACCUUGGCAGAAAAUUUAUAAGGAAUCUUGUUAUAUGUCUUGUGUAAUGAAAAAGACACCCUGAAUGAAUAGAACAUGUUUAUUAAGGCAAGGUCCCACUUUAAGGAAAUCUUACUGAGCACUAACAGUGUUUUAUUUUUUGAUGACUGAAAUUUUGAAUUUUUAGCACAAUCAGAUCUAUACAGUGAAAAGAACAUUAUCUGGUAGGAUCCAUGACUCUUCAAACAAUAGAGAAUCACCAAAACAUUUUGGCUUCAUCACUAUCUCUUGGAAAAAAAUGAAAGGGAGAAAAGUUGUACCACAUAUACACACAUAACCAAAAAGUGUGGCAUGCAAACCAAGGGGACAAAGGCACUCCAAAUUGUGUCUUAUAACAGUUGGAGCAGAUGUUUAACACGAGAUAUACUGGCAAAAAAAGAGAGUACCUUUAAAAAGAACUUAAUACAAAUAGACAUCUACAACUGUGAGGCGAAUCCUGUCUUCCACUGAUUUCAGUAGGGUUUUAUGAUUAGGGACCUACCAAAAUCGAGGAAGCAGGUGAGUGAUUUUGCAGGCCAAUCACUUACUUGCUGCCAUUUCUGUGUUAUUUUGCAGUGAGCUCCCCUCUCUCCCCUGCACACACACAUACACAGUGUUGAUUGGCUAAGGGGCCCUGGCGGUAGCCCUGGCCCUCAUUACUGAUUGGCUGAGGGUUGUUCUUCAGGCAGCCCCAUCCAUCGCUGCUGACUGCCCAAAAGGAUUGCCAUUCAUGCAGUUUUGCCCCUUGUUGCUGAUUGGUGCAGAGGGGUGGGGCCUCAUGAUAGGCAGCCCUUUUGGCCAAUCAGCAGUGGAAGGAGGAGAGGGCAACCAACAUCUCAGCUCCCUCUCUCUUUCCUGGGGAGCCAUGAUAACUGGGGAGCCAGCAUUUUAUUUUUAGUAAGCCCCCCUCCUGCUGCCCAGCAAGUCUGCCAAAAGUCACAAGGAAUGCUAUUUUUCAUGGAAACCACCUCAAAUUGCAAGUUUCCAUGAAAAAAAAAUGCGAUUUGAGUAGGUCCCUAUUUAUGACUGAUUUUAUGUUUAGAAAUUCUGCAAGCCAUCCCACAGCUAUAUCCUCCAGACCCAAUCCUAUAAACAUUUGCAUAAUGCUAGGAGUAGAUUGCUGGGUACAUUCUGCUGCCUUAAUUGAACCCAGGGACCCUGCCAGAAUAUUCAGCUGCAGCCUGUGGCUCUCUCAAAAUGAGACUCAGGCCCUUAGAAAGCUGCUAUAGGACUAUUCUUUUUGGUAAUUACUCUUAAAAAUGCUAUAAAAUAUUGCUUUGUAUCACUUUAAAAACACUGUUUACAAUUGGUUCUACGUGUAUCUUGGGUCAGGUCUUCAGGAGGUGUAAACUGAUGUUUCAUUGAUUUACACCACCUGAUGAUCUGGCCCUACACACUUUGUGUUUUUCAACACAUCUUCUUUUGGGUUUGCAUUACAUGUCCAUGGAAACAAAAUUGUUAUUUCAUAAGGGCUUAUUGCCACUUGUCAUUAAUUCUUCACUUUAUAGACACUACAGUCUAUCUGCAUCAUUGAAAUUGACUGGUGCAGAAGUUAGAGCAGGGGAGAUAUGGUCGUAGUUGAAGAAACUGAAAUAAGCAACACGUGCUGGUAAAACUUUUAAAUCACAUUUGCUUUCAUGAGUACAUCCAAAGUGUAGUGGAAAAAAAAGAAAAGGCAUGUCAGCACGAUUGUUUCUAAAUAGUAUGAUUUUCAAAUGUGUCCAAGAGCAUCAGCAGCUGUUUAAUCUGUCAGCAUGACUGACAUGUCAGCAAAGGCACCUUGCUGCAGAAGUCCUGGCAUUGUGACAAGAUUUCAUUAUUUAUUACUUGUGAUCUGAUUUCACAAAUUCAGGUUGUUUUAAGUUUUUUAAUGGCACACUAUAAUGUCAUAGUAUAUGUCUAGCCUGAAUAAAUUAGUUUAUACAUUUAUGAUCUUUAAACAUGAAAUGAUCUUUAAACAUUAAAAUGCUAAAAUCUUCAAAACUAGUCACAGUGAUAUAAGCAAUCGCUACGUGCAAGAUAUAAACUAGCCUAGUGAAAUGACAGGUGCCUCCAUCACAUAAGUUCUAUCACAAUUGAUAUUAGUUUGCAUCCUUGCUGGCAGCCUCAGAAGAUGACAAUUAGCAUUACCCUCUCAGCCUGUCCAGCAAGGACUGGCUUGAAAGCACUUUAGCAGGGCAGUACUGAGAGGUUUGCAGUGUUAUUGCAACCCAUAUAGUACCAUUUUUGUGAAUAAAAGGCUUUAGUCUCUGCUGAUGUCAAUCCAGCAUCUUUUUGUGAGUCCACAAACUCUACAUGGUAUCUUCAUUUCAAAUUUUCUGUUAAGGUGGCUACAAGAACUACUUCAAAGCUUUGAACCUAACAGACUGACUUGAAGCUAUUUUAUUUGCUAGCUGGUACUAGACAAACAGUACUAUUGCUUACAAACUAGGCUGGCUAAGACCAAGCUAAGACACCUAGCUAACCUUCCAAUAAAUGUUGUUUCUGUUGAUACAAAGAGUACAAAGAUCCCAAAAUGUUAUCCUUGUUUAUUGUGAAGUCAUUGUCUCUGAAAAUGAUCUUACAGCAUAGUCAAAUGAGGAGUUGCAUUAACUUUUAAGUAGAGGGUGAUGGUGAAAAUGUGGUUUAACAUGAGAAAUACCUUACCAUGUUUGGAGAUACCAAAGGUUCACCAAACUUUUUGUUGGCAAAUAAUAAUUCUCUCCUAGAAAACUCUGGAUGAAUCAGUAAACUAUUUUAAUGGAUUAAUCCUAUACAGUGUUUUCUAGUUAAGGGUUUUAUUCUGGAACUGAACUGGAUUUGGUACACCUAUGGCUAAUUGCUGGCAUUAUUUAUGACCAUGUUUAAUAACCAACAUGGCUUUUUUUGUAACUCACAGAUGAGUAUUGUAAUCCUACAAUACUCCCCUGCUGGACUCUUAAAAUUGUGUGACAGGAUUUCUGCAUGCUGAUGGGCUGGCAAUCACUAUCUGGGAGUGCUGCUUUAAGAAGCUGCCUUUUUAACCUGGCCAUUUGAGAAAUGUUGGUGAUAUCUGUCUAACUAUCUUCAAUAUUUAUGAAGUUCCAAUCAUCUUAUUAUUGUUUAUUAUCUAGUAAUGUUGUAGGU